AUGUUAUUGCAUCGAAAAGAUGUUUUGCUUCUGCAGCAAAGGUAUGAAUUCUGUGUAUGUGUUAAAGUUGAGUGUGAUGAGUCUGAUGAAUAUAAUCAUUUUAUAUUAAAGUAUUCACGAAAUAAUGCAAUCGGCUUCAUUGGACUUGGGCAAAUGGGUUUUAAAAUGGCCAAUAAUCUAUAUCGAAAAUCUGGCGCACCAUUUGUCCUUUACGAUUUAAACGCGCCAGUCAUUGAUAAAUUCAUCGAGUUACAACAAACCUCAUCCUUGGCAGAAAUUCGAAUUGCGAAAACACCCAAGGAGGUAGCUCAAGCAGCAUCGGUGGUGAUUACAAUGUUACCGAAUUCACCACACGUAGAAGAAGUAUACUUGGGUGAGGAAGGAUUAGUGCAUGCGGUAGACAAGGAUAAUCUUCUGAUUGAUUCGAGUACUAUCGAUCAAAGUGUAGCAAAAUCUGUCGCGGAAGCUAUUAUCGCUAAAGGUGCACGUGCUAUUGAUGCGCCCGUUUCUGGAGGGAUUGUGGGUGCUGAAGCCGCAACUCUAACAUUUAUGGUAGGUGCACCUACAACCGAAGAUUUUGAUCGCGCCCAACCAAUACUUUCUCAAAUGGGAAAAAACAUUAUCCACUGUGGAAAAUCAGGUAGUGGUCAAACAGCAAAAAUAUGUAAUAACAUGCUUCUCGCUAUCUCCAUGAUCGGCGUUUCGGAAACGAUGAACCUCGGUAGAAAACUAGGAAUGGACCCAAAAUUACUAGCCAACAUUCUUAAUUCUUCAACGGGCAGAUGUUGGUCCAGCGAUACUUAUAAUCCGGUACCCGGUAUUCUGCCGAAUGUCCCGUCGAGUAAUGACUACAAAGGCGGCUUUGCAACCAAAUUGAUGGCCAAAGAUUUACGACUUGCUGUUAAUGCAGCUAAUGAUACGCAAUCGACUAUCUUAUUGGGCACUGUAGCGCAACAAUUGUACAACCAGCUUUCGGAAACUCCUGGUUUCAAAGAUAAAGAUUUUAGUUCAAUAUAUCAAUGGCUGAAUCUUAAUAAAGACGAUUAG